CUAGGUACGAGCUAUUUUGUACGCCAAAAUAUAAACAAACCAAAGUAACCACAUCACACUUGACUUGUUAAUGUUGAUGAUUUCUAUGCUUUUCCUUAAUGACAUGUGUUGCAAACUGCUUUUUGUUGUAAAGACAAUCUUUACGAAUUAUUAUACCCAUCAUCAGGACAAAAGCAUCGUUUGACAUUUUAACUAGUGCAUGCUUAAUUGAAAGAAUAACGUUAGGCUUAUAUAAGUGGUUGAUGUACGGUUAUAGACCCCUGAUUCAUCAUUUUACCUGUUUAACACUAAGCCUAUAUGACAAUCGCAAAACUAAUAUUGAUUGUAGAUAAACUUUUAUGUAAUGAUUUGAGAUUUCCAAAUGCUUUGUGGAGAAUGAAAAGAUGAGGAUUUAUUUAAGAUGUUAUUAGAUGUUUAAAAGACUUCCAAGAGUACUAGCUUGCAAUAAUUCUUGUGCAGUGGAAAGGAGAUUAUGUACUGCUAAUCUUGACAGCUUUAUAGACAGCAAGGACACUCUUUCAAAAGUAAAAAGGAUGGAGAUAAAUGGGCUUCCUAUUAUCCACCAUGAUGGCUAUGUUUGUGAAUUCCCCAUGAAGCAUAGAUUCGCCAUGAGGAAAUUUCAUGGAGUUUUGAGAUUUUUGAAGACUGACAACGUUAUAUCCAUGAAACAAGUCCUAGAGCCGUCUGCUAUAGAUCCUGUUUUUCUGAAACUGGUACACACUCCUGAUUAUGUAGAACGCUUCCUCAGUGGAAACACGUCUGUUGAGGAACAGAGGCUUACAGGCUUUCAGUGGAGUACUGGAAUUGCAUCACGAUGCGGGCUUGAAACAGGAGGGACCCUGCUGGCAGGUCAGUUAGCAAUGGAGCAUGGGAUAGCUUGCAGCACAGGGGGAGGAACCCACCACGCCUUCCCCAGUCACGGGGCUGGGUACUGUCUUCUUAAUGACCUUGCAGUAACAGCUGCAGUAUUGUUCAAAGAAUGCCAAGUCAAAAAGGUCCUCAUCGUAGAUCUGGAUGUUCAUCAGGGUGAUGGGACAGCCUGCAUAUUCAGCGACAACUGUGCAGUCUUCACAUUUUCUAUGCACUGCGAGAAAAAUUAUCCCCUCAAGAAGCAGAUGAGUGAUAUGGAUGUUGGUCUUGUCACUGGAAUAACUGACAAGGACUACUUAGCUCACCUACAUUCCUACCUUCCUUGGUUGUUGGAAAGUUUCAGACCAGACAUUGUCCUCUACGACGCCGGGGUGGACCCACACGAAAAAGAUGAGCUGGGUAAACUUAACCUCACAGAUUUAGGGUUAUUUCAAAGAGACUUUUAUGUAAUCAAUUUGUGCGUGUCACGUGGGAUUCCAGUCGCCACGGUGAUCGGAGGAGGCUACGAUAAAGACAUCAACAUGCUUGCAUUGCGUCACACGAUUGUUCACAGAGCAGCUAUCAAAGUAUGGCAGAGUCGAAUAAUGGGUGGAUGAUUGAAGUCUUAAAAGUGAAAUUUAUGAAUCAACACAAAAUGUAAGACAGAGACUUUUAUACGAUUCGAUUUCAACAAUUAUCCAGCAAUGAAGUUCCUGUCGAUUUUUUUUCAGCGAGUAAGCAGGAUUUAUACAGGAUAGUUCAUGGUUUGUGCUGGUAAAUGACUUUUAUUCAAUGGAUGUAUGUUUUCUUUAGAACUAACAGAGUUGUAUAAAGAUAAUAAACUGUCAAACACCAUUAGAUAAUUUUUCUAUCAAAUGUCAUAUUCUUUUGAACUCGGUGCGUUUUUGACUGUCGUUGUUGUUGUUUUUAAACGUGCUGCCAAAGUUCAAGUGGACGCAAAUCAACUUCUGCUCUCUGAUUUAUUGAACAGAUCACAGUGAUACAAUUUGAAUAAUUCAUCUAACAUAGAUCACUAAUACAACAAUAUUCGAUACUUUGUCUGUCUACAAAGAUAGUGGUUUUUUUAUAUUAAAACAAAUUGUUAAUCAAUAAUACGAAGUAUGGACAACAAAUGAAAUACAAGGAUACAUGUACAACAACUUUAGAGAAUAUUUUGCAAAGCUAGUUGAAUUAUCGGAUAUUAAAGGAUAAGAAUUUUUUAAAUAAUUGUGUAGACCUGUGCAUCGGAAUGGUUCCAACGAGACGUACAGAAGAUGUUUCAAUUAUGGUUUCAAUCCAUGCUGAACGUUGCAGAAUCAACGUUGUAUUGUUGCCUCAGUUUCUCACAGUACGACUUAUUCCAGAAUAUAAGUAACAGUUUCAUGUGGUAUCGCGGCUCCUUUAACCUCCAGAUGUAGAAGACCGGGUUCAUUGCACUCUUCAAACACAGCAGCAUUGAGCUGAUGUUAUGAAUCGCCUUCCCCCAUUCAGUCUCAUAGUCCAGUAUUGGAAAAGUGAGAGUUACGUAAAACGGCGUGGCUAUACUCGAAAAGCAAGCCGUUAUAACUGAAAUUUUCUUGACCAUUCUUACUUGUUCCUUUGUGAUUCCAGAAAGGCAAUGCGAGAGGUUUCUAUCAUUUUUUAAACGUUUCAUAAUGCAACGUAGAACGUGUAUCAACAUCAGUAUGCUUGAUUAUAUAAUUAACAAAUGUAACACUCUGAAUAUUGUGUUGAGGUUCUUUAUUUCCUUAUAUACAUAAAUGUUGACAGAUCCUAAAAAUUUAAAUAAAAUCUAUUUAUCACACUUGUAAUAAACAAUGUAAAUAUCUGAAUUAUACAUGUACUCCCAAUGCUCUUUAUUAUUCACUCAUCUAUAGUAUUACCCUUUUCCUUUGUCUAAUACAUGUAAGUACAGGUUUGUCUAUUCUCAUUCAAAAACUUUACAAAAUUAUAUAUCUCAAUAUUAAAUAGAUAAUAAAAUUUUUUUAUACACCCACAAUCAUUGCAAUAAGCAAAGAAAUUAACAAAUACACAUACCUAAGCAAGGACACACUGCGAAUGUUAAAUUUCUUGACACUGACACAACGUUACAUUUUCUCUCUCUGCGUUUCUCUUGGACAAUGAAUGUGAGCUAGGCAAGAAUUACCCAGAAUGCUAUUCUUUCUAUGACAUCACGAAACCAAAAACCUAAAUAAAGAUAAUAUGUUAGGCUUACUAAAAAUAUAAAUCUGACUUAGCCUAGUGGUAUAAAUCACAAGCCCACACACCAAAGGCACCCGGUUCAAUCUCCCAACACCACAGACACUUUUUUUUUGUUUUUUAUAAACGUUCAAUAAAAAUCAAAAUAAAAUAAUUAUUCAAACUCCACCCUCUUACACAAAAGCAAAAAUUAAGUGCAUUGACUAACAAUAUUCUUUUUUUAAAUAUAUAGAUAAUUACAGCCAUUUUUUAAUGGGUUAUCUUUGCUGUAGAACAUAAAUUACGACAACGCUGUUCCAUAAAAAUCCAAAAUAUCGGGCAAAGAAUUACAAAUCGACGCCGAGUCAUGUAGUUGUAGUACUUUAUAUCCAGAGCAAACACAAAGCAAAUAUUCAGAUUGUACAUACUUACUGUAAGCAAAGACACAUUUACGAACAGAAACAAUAAAUACUUCUUGAAUUCACAGUUAUCACCAUACUCAAAAACGGAGAGAGGCAGGCACAUAAUGAAGCCAAGUGAAAUAUCGGACAGUACUAGAUUUAUUGAGAGAAUCUUCAACUGAAAGUUUAGCUUUUCACAACGGUAUAGAAUAAGCAUUGUCAUGAAAUUUUCCAGGACGAUUACUCCACCAAAAGUUGCUUAUAAGAAAUUAAACACAUGUAAGAUUAGUAAAGAGCCACAUUCCUUCAUC